AUGACUUCUGAAGAUUGUUCCGUAACAGAGAAAAGCUCUUUGAAUACAGAGACAGGACAAGAAAAUAAUGCCACCAGCCCCUCUUUUGCAGAACAUCAUGAAGGGUCCCUUCAAGUUCCUGUGCCCUGUGCUGUAGUGACUGUGGUCUUCAUCACCAUUUUGAUCAUAGCACUCAUUGCCUUAUCAGUGGGACAAUACAAUUGUCCAGGCCUAUAUGCAUUCCCAGUUUUAUCAGACAACAAUGUUUCUUCAUGCUCAGAUGAUUGGGUUGGCUACCAGAGGAAAUGCUACUUUAUUUCCACUGAAACAAAAAGCUGGACCUUGGCCCAAAACUCUUGUAUCACACGUGGUGCUACUCUUGCUGUCAUCGACUCUGAAAAGGAAUUGAUCUUUCUGAAACGCUAUGUGGGUAGAGCUGAACAUUGGAUUGGGCUAAAAAACGAAGCUGGUCAGACAUGGAAAUGGUCAAAUGGUAAAGAAUUUAACAACUGGCUCAACUUUACAGGGUCUGCGGACUGUGCAUUUCUGAACAGCACAGAGGUCAGCAGUACAGAAUGUAAAAAGAACUUACACUGGAUAUGCAGCAAACCCUACUAA